AUGGCCGUGUCGAACACGAAGCUCCUCAGGACGAAGAAGUCCUUUCUGUACUCUGCUCUCUACGCUGCCUGCAUCUUGGGGGGCCGCCAUGUCAUGAAACAAAGGGAGAAGUUCGAGUUGAGGAAACCACUGGUGCUCUGGUCCCUCACGCUCGCUGUAUUCAGUAUAUUUGGUGCCAUCCGAACCGGGAGCUACAUGACGUUCGUCCUGAUGAGCAAAGGGCUGAAACAGUCCGUCUGUGACCAAGGCUUCUACAACGGGCCCGUCAGCAAGUUCUGGGCUUACGCUUUUGUUCUGAGUAAAGCACCUGAGCUGGGCGACACUCUUUUCAUCGUCCUGAGGAAACAGAAGCUCAUCUUCCUCCACUGGUACCACCACAUCACCGUGCUGCUCUACUCCUGGUACUCCUACAAGGACAUGGUGGCUGGCGGCGGCUGGUUCAUGACCAUGAACUACUUGGUCCACGCAGUCAUGUACUCGUACUACGCUCUGCGGGCGGCCGGCUUCAAAGUGUCGCGCAAGUUCGCCAUGUUCAUCACGCUGACCCAGAUCACCCAGAUGCUGAUGGGCUGUGUGGUCAACUACCUGGUGUACUCGUGGAUGCAGCAGGGCCAGGAGUGUCCAUCCCACAUGCAGAACAUCGUGUGGUCCUCCCUCAUGUACCUCAGCUAUUUUGUGCUUUUUGUCCAGUUCUUCUUUGAAGCCUACAUUGGAAAGUCCAAAUCACCUGGAACAGCUGUCAGCAAGAAAAGUGAUUAAAGAAAAACCAAAAGUAUGGGGGU